GUCAUCAUCCGUGUUCGUCGUAACUAUCAGUCAUCGCCCUGGUCUUCAUCCGUGUUAAGAAUAUGCAGAACACAAAGCGCACAAAGCGAGGGAGAAAACAAGUUGUUGAUGAAGCAGGUACUUCUCUCUCUGUGCCUCCCCCUGUCUCUGUGCCCCUACAAGUUGCGCCAACUGCAGUUGCAACAAUUGAAAACCUGAAAGAGGAAAAUAAACUUUUGAAAGAGGAGCGAGACUUCCUUCGGGAACAAUUAAAAUGUGCUCUUGAAAACAGACAACCAAGACAGAAAGAGAAGAUGCAAAAUGAUGCUUCUUCUGAGUCAGAAUCUGGAGAGAGUUCAACAUUCUCAGACACAUCGGAUUCAUCUGACAAGCAUCCAAAAAGAAAACAAAAGAGAAAGCACAAAGUCAGGGAGGAAAAACAUGCCACCAUUCGAAGAGUUCAAACACCUGAUGAUGUUUUGCAACGUUACAAGGCCAUUCUGAAAAGCUUCAUGAAGACCAGAAGCGUCUCCCACAGCUGCAAGCAACACAAUGUUGAUCGCAAUACCAUCGCACUUACAGCCAUUAUUGCAGAGUUGCAGAUUAUUGCUACUCCUGAACUCCACAUUCCUGAAUUUCAGGGUGGAACUCUACAGAAAUAUGCGAAGGAGUGCAAGGAAUAUGUGGAUACAAACCCAGAAGUCUUUAAUAAAAUCAAUGAAAUGAAACGUAAACGUGAACUCCUCCCAAUUAGGUACAAAUUUAGAAAGGAAGACAAUUAAUUGACCCAGUAGUAUAAUAAGCUGUUCCCAAAAUAACAUUUCUGCAUUUUUUAUGAUGGUUAAAUAGUAUUUUUGUUAAUAUCGUUGUUCUCAGGUUAAUGCUGUUAAUUGUUAAAAAAAAAUCAGAAUGUUCAAUAUGUUGAAAAAAGUACAAAAAAACCUGUAUGUCAUUGCUGUUUCAAAAUUCAGUGUUCAACAAAAUUCAACAAAAAAGACAAGAUCGUUAAGAAAUAAAUAAGUAAAUGUUUUGCUUCACUUCAAAAACAGUGUAUUAUGACUCUUAUUUUAGGGUCUUACUGUGUAAUAACUGAGUAAAAAGCAACACUUUAUUUUACAGUCCUGUUUCCAUGU